UUACUGAUAUGCUGUAUGUUAGUGUGGACAUACCUUUGUGUUACAGAAAAUGAGCAUCCUUUAGGGGGUUGGUCUGAAAGAAAUCCCGAGUCAAAAGAGGUUCUGAAGGCGGCUGAAUAUGGUGUGGAGAUGUACAACAAAGAUUCACAGGACAAGGAGUUGUUCAAGCUGGUCUCAGUUCACAGAGCUAGAUCACAGGUAACCAAUAUGUUCGACUUUAAAAUCAUCGCAAUCCUUGGAAGAACCAAAUGUCUUAAGACGCAAAACCUUGACAUUAAAAGCUGCGAUUUGGACAAAGAGCAAGUAAAGUGCCAGUUUUUUGUGACUUUGAACCCCCACAACRACAAAYAUGAGYUGAACACMAAGAYWUGCMACAAAGUUGCAYAGAAGGUUUAA